AUGGUUGGGCAGGGCCAUCCCCUCGGCGUGACGCCGCCGAUCUCCACCGCGUUGCCAACCGACGCCGAGCAUGCGACCAACAAGACAAUGCUUGAAGAACUGAAGCAGCAAAAGACGUUUGAGUCACCGGCAGAAACACAGAAGAGACACCAGGUACUCGAGCAACUCCAAACCAUCUGCGAUGAAUUCGUCAAACAAGUGGCACGAAAGAGAGAGGAAGGCAGCGAAGCAUUGAUUAAAGAUGCCCGAGGUAGGAUUUUCACAUAUGGUAGUUUUAGGCUUGGGGUCUACGGUCCUGGGUCCGAUAUCGAUACUCUCGUUGUCGUUCCCAAGUACGUCACGCGCGACGACUACUUCGAAAUCUUCCCGGGCCUUCUCCAGAAGAUGACACCAGCCGACGCCAUCACCGAUUUGGCCGUGGUAUCUGACGCAUUCGUCCCCAUCAUCAAGUUCGAGUUCUUCGGCAUAAGCAUCGAUCUGAUUUUUUCGCGAAUCGCCAGCCUGAAGCAGCUUCCCAAAGACCCGCAAUGGAGUCUUGCAGACUCCAACCUUCUCAGGGGUCUCGACGAGCGGGAGCUUCGGUCCCUGAAUGGCACACGUGUCACCGACGAGAUCAUAAACCUGGUACCUGAGCCCAGCACCUUCCGGCUUGCUCUGCGAGCAAUCAAGCUCUGGGCCCAACGCCGAGCCAUCUACGCCAACAUUAUGGGCUUCCCCGGCGGUGUUGCGUGGGCCAUGCUCGUGGCUCGAGUCUGCCAACUGUAUCCAAAGGCCACCAGUUCCGUCAUUGUUAACAAGUUCUUCCACAUCAUGAGGCGGUGGCCCUGGCCGCAACCUGUCCUCCUCAAGGCAGUCGAAGAGGGGCCUCUACAGGUCCGCGUUUGGAACCCAAAGCUGUACCGUGGAGACCAAUUCCAUUUGAUGCCCAUCAUCACACCCGCGUACCCGUCCAUGUGUGCAACCUUCAACAUUACCAAGUCGGCCAUGACGGUUAUACAGCGCGAGCUGCAACGCGGUUGCGAAAUUACAGACAACGUAAUGCUUUCCAAACGGCCGUGGGGCGACCUCUUCAUCAAACAUACCUUCUUUACCUCAGGGUACAAGUAUUACAUUUCCGUUGUUACAACCAGCACCACCAAAGAGGCGCACAAAAUAUGGUCUGGCUAUGUUGAGUCCAAGGUCCGCGUGCUUGUCCAAGGACUUGAGCAGCAUCAAUCUAUUGCUAUCGCUCACGCUUUCAACAAAGGCUACGAUCGUCGUCACGUUUGCCACAACGAGACUGAACUCAGCCAGGUUCAGGAAGGUAGUUUACAGUACCUUGCCGGGCAAGAGACUACAGAGACCCCCAACCCCGAAAUCGUGGGUGCAAAGGCCGAAGGCGGUCUUGCCUUAGACGGCUUACCAUUGGGUGGAACUACGGAGACGGGAACCGAAGCCAAUGGAACUGGUGAAGGGGUCGAAGAAGAGGUGCAGACAUGGCCGACAAACGUUUUCACUACCACUCACUACAUCGGUCUCGAGCUGGGCGAAGGCGCGAAAUCACUUGAUCUUUCCUAUCAAGUCGACAGUUUUAAGCAACUAUGCGGCCAGUGGGAGAAGUACAGCGCAAAACUUAACCAUUUGACGGUCCAACACGUUCGGAACUUCAAUCUUCCCGACGAUCUCUUCGAACCGGGCGAGAAGAAGCCGCAGAAGCAACAGAAGAGAGCAGCUGGCGCCAACGGCUCGGCGCAGACGAAGAAGCGCGGCGCCUCGGAGGAAGCGCAACCACCAGCGAAGCGUCAGCAAUCUUCAAUCACAGCAGCCGCUGGCUGA